AUGUCCCUAAGCGCCUUACCGCCAAGACCCUCUUCGCCACGCUCCGCCCAACCAACCCUCCUCCCCGCAUCCGAACCGGGCUCCACGUCUUGGUCGGGCGCCGAUGCUGCCCGAUCCGCUUCAGGCACACAGCCCACUUCGGCCGCUCCACAGGGAAGAAUGCCCGACUCGGCUCAGUCCCAACCUGCUUGGCCUGCAAGUCCUCCGUAUUCUUCAACCCCCGUUGCACCCGCCGGACGGGCGGUUGCUGGCCCGCCUUCAGGGUCGCCGUCGGUUACUGGGGGUCCGCUGCCUCCACUGCAAGGGUCGUGGUCACGUCCUUGA